AUGGAUUGGGACCCAAACGAUCAAAUCCUUCCGAUAGCAUACGCAGUUGUCGAAGCUGAAACCAAGGACUCAUGGACAUGGUUUCUCCAGCUUCUAUGUGAUGAUCUGGGAGUUGACAAGAUUAGAACCUGCACCUUCAUGUCUGACCAACAGAAGGGUUUAGUGCCAACUUUUGAGGAGCUUCUGCCUGGGGUUGACCAUAGGUUUUUUGUUAGACACCUGUAUGCAAAUUUCAAGAAGAGAUAUCCAGGGAUCCAGUUGAAGUUAAUGAUGUGGAAUGCUGCCAAGGCUACCUAUUAUCAAGAAUGGGAAAGGAGGAUGACUGAGAUACAGAAGGUGGAUCAAGGGGCAUACAACUAUCUAAUGGAGAUACCGACAAAGUACUGGUAUCGUCACAGGUUUGUGUGUAGACCUAGGUGUGACACUUUAGUUAACAAUAUGUGUGAAGUGUUUAACUCUGUUCUGGUUGAGGCUAGGGAGAAGCCAAUAGUGACUAUGCUAGAGGAUAUUCGUGUUUAUAUAAUGAAACGUUGUGCUGACAAUAGGGAUAGGAUAAUGCCUUACAAUAGAGAUGUGUUACCACGAAUUAGAGUUAAAGUAGAAAAACAGGCUGAACUAAGUGGGAACUGGGUAAGUGUGUAUGCUGGACGUGAUACAUAUGAGGUGGUUAGCAUCCAUGGGGGGAAGGAAAAAUUUGUGGUGGAUCUUAGGAAUCAAGAGUGCUCGUGUAGGAAGUUCCAACUGUCUGGGAUUCCCUGUGCACAUGCGAUGACUUGUAUAAGGAAAAUGUGCUUCAACGUUGAUACCUAUGUAUCUGACUACUAUAAGAAGGCUGCAUACAUCUCCUGCUACCAACAUGUUGUGUUCCCUGUUAAUGGACCAAACCUUUGGGACAGAACACAAAUGGAGGAUGUGUUGCCUCCCACUUAUAGAAAACCCAUUGGGAGGCCAAAGAAGAAGAGGACACGAGCUGCUGAUGAGCAAUCAAGUAGGACUGGCCUGUCUCGUGAAGGACAGCAACAAAAGUGUUCUUAUUGUUUGUGCUCUGGUCAUAACAAAAGGAGUUGUCCAAAGAAGCGCAAAGUCACUCCAUCUCCUGCUGUUGAGACUGCUGGUAAUUCUGUAACAAAGCGGAGGUCACAGAGAGGGGUCAGAAAAAGUGUGAGACUCUCCGCCAAGACACCUUCUAGUAAGGCUAGUGAAAGUGCAAAUAGGAAGCAGAAGGGAAGCAACAACAAAUCACCCUCACACCCAAAGAGAAACUCAGGUGUCAGCUCCCAGCAAUCACAAGCUGCAGUGAAAAGGGCAGUCAUGGAUCAUUCACAAACUGCUUCUGCACCAGCCCCAACCACUGCAAGGGUUCUGCCCACUCCAGUGAAGAGGGUCAGCCAGUCCACCUUUAGGUUCAUGGCCAGGACUCCACCAAGAGCAUGGAAGAAGUUGGAGUGA